ACGUGACGUGCCGCUGGGGAAUGGGGGCACUUCCUGUUUUACUCCACUGAGACUUGAGACCAUAGACUUGAGACGGCUGUUGUCAGUUUCAACAAAAUGGCUGCUGGAGCGCCACAAACGAAAACCCAGUGAACGCUUCACGUCAGUGCAGUAUCACUUUAAAUGGAUGCAUUGGAAUUUCCCUACCUUCUGAGCGUCGGGACAUUUACUCGUGUGGACUCGUUAACAUACGAAUUAGCGAACUAAAGGCAUGCUGAGAUAUUCCCUUUACGCACUUUAUAUACAUCCAAAAGCUCAAACUGCCAGUGCGCGCGCGUCUGUGUGGGUGUGCGCGCGUGUAGCUGCUCCUAAGGAUCGCCGAAAUGUUGCAGCUGAUCAACCUUAAGCUUUCUUGCUGACGUGCAGAACUGUCGUUUAAUGUCCUUUUCACUGUUUGCACUGGAGUUUUAGAGUUUUCCCCCCUCUGGAUAAAUUCCGCUGCAGAUUGAGAGGUGAAUUCCUCAACUGGAAAGUCGGGCUCGCCAUUGCAGCUCAGUGUCUGACUGCGGCUGAAUAAUACCUGAUCUGUGUCAGUAUCGACGACAACAUCGACUUCACCAUGCUGCUCAUUUGAACAGCAGACCGCAGUUGCUCCGUGUGCGAAAUAAAGCCCUGGCACAAAACACGUCACACAAGAGGAGAACCAUUUGAUGGAAGAAAAGAAAAAGAAAACGCAAGAGGAAAAGAAAAAGAAGGAAGCUGCUCAGAAAAAGGCUGCUGAACAGAAAACCAAAGUGCCAGACUCUGCCAAGCCCAGCCCCACCCCUCCUCCCCCCACCAACCCGUCUGUGUCCUCAGCCAGCAGCAGCACUGGUGGCAAUGGCAAGCGCGCACCCUCCAGCAACCAACAGCAGCAGCCGGCAGCCCCUCGCUACCCGCCCCGAGAGGUGCCCCCUCGUUUCCGUCAACACGAACACAAGCAGCUACUGAAGCGGGGCCAACCUCUGCCCGCCGGAAGUACAGCUCUUGUGCAGCCAGUGUCCGCCAACCCUGUGUCUCAGCCCUUCUCCUGCCAGACCCACCCAGAGCUGCCCCCACAGAGUGGCCUGGCAGCCCAGUAUGAGAAUAUAUCCCCCAAUCGCAGUGCCACUACAGCCUCUACCAACAGCUGCAGCGGCUGGGAUCCACUGAUUAUUGACAAGCGCGAUACGGAGGCGUGGCCUUCCAUUUCAUGCAAAGAAAGCCACGCCCCUGCAGGAUGCCCCUUGGACACUGAAAGUAUCAGUGACAUCAGCAGCAUGAGCAUGGCCACAGGAGCUGGCCAGCAAGGCCAUUUCUCCGCCAAUCACCCCAGCAAAGCCAAUGCCAGCCACUCAGGAGGUCUACUCUCUAGUCAGGGUGGGGCCAGCAGAGGCUGGGGCUCUGGCCCGUCUCCUGCCAGUGGAGGAGAAGGGAAAAAUGAAGUCUCCAGCACAUCAGUGGGAGCCAGGUGUUGGGGCUCCUCUAACUUUAACUUGAACUUAAACCCCAACGCUAACCCCUCUGCCUGGCCAGUUCUGGGACAUGAAGGGACCGGCAUGGGUGGCGGCAGCUCUGGAGGAAGCAACCCUCCUCCUCCUAAUCUCUGUAGCCCACCGGGCACUCUGCCCAGUCAGAGUCCUAGCAGCAGUGGCAGUAUAGGUGGUGCCAAUGGAAAUUCUGCAGGUAAUGGUGGCAGUGGCAAUGGCAGCACCUCAUGGGGUAGCAUUGUGCCCAGUGACUCCUCAGAGCCACAUUCCACCCCAUCCACGAAUGUGUCUUUCAGCUCCGAACCUCAAAACCUUAACACUGAUGGACCAAAUCACACUAAGCAAGAGCCCAGAAGCCCUGGCCACAGCCUGCCUAACUGGGGGGUUGGACCUGCAGGCAUGGGCUCGUUUGUUCAAAAUCCAGGAGGAGCCUCACAGGUCAACGGGGAUGAAGAACCUGUUUGGGGUAAUGGAGAUGCCAAGUCUGGUGGUGGCUCAAAAGACUCUGGUUGGGACUCAGGGAGCAGCAGGGGACAAGGAGGGGCCUCAGGCACUUCUGGAUGGGGACAAGCUGCCUCAACUGGAGACUGGGGUAAGCAUUCCAACAGUGAGGCCAAAGGAUGGGAUUCCUCAGGCUCUCCCACCCAAGAGCAGCAGCUCAACUCUUGGGUUCGUGGGGCCAAUGCCCCAGCCAGUGAGGGAAGCAGUGACAGCAUGGAAUGUCAUCCUCGCAGGAGGGUCUGCUCAUCAAGAGAUGAGGCUUCCCCUAUUCUGCCUACCCAGGAUAUGGACCCUCGGGUUCUAUGUAACACAGGCUGGGGACAAACACCAGUGCGUCAACACACCGCUUGGGAGACCGAAGAAGGUGCACGCGCCAACUGUAAGAAUGACGUUGGAACUGAAUCCUGGGGCUCGUCCUCAAAUGCAGCCAAUGUAGGACCAACACCAACUUCUAGCAGUGCCAACCCAAACUCUGGCACUACAUCCAGACCUGACUCUGGGGGCAAGAAUGAGGGCCCCUGCCCCAGUACUGGAGCUGCACCUGGAUGGGGCACAACCAUGCCAUCACCCCAAGCUAGCUCUGGUUGGGCAGAUCCUACCAGCAACAAGAAACCUUCCAGUGGUCCAGGAAGUUGGGGCAGUACCCCAGCUGGAGGUCCAGGUGGCAACCUGCAGAAAAGUGGUCAGACUUGGGGAUCAGAGGAGAAGUCUCCUACAUGGGAAGACAGUCACGCUAAAGCCAAACCACAGGGCUGGACUGAGGUGCCCAAAACUUCUCACGGAUGGGGCAAUGGACCUGGUGGAGAAAGCGGGUCUGGAGGAGAAUGGGGUGAACCAGGAGAUGGAAAGAAAAAUGGUCCCUCCAGCUCUACCUGGGAGGGAGAGGGUACCGGCUGGAACGAGAGCUCCAGAAGAUGGGGAAAGCCUGCUCCGGGAGUAGGAGGAAACUGGGGAGAUGCACAAAACUCCAGUGUGCCAUCACAAGGAUGGAAUAACAAGCCCCAGGAGGGCAACAAUGGCAAUAGUGGCAGUGGAAGCAUGGGUUCUUGGGGAGGUCCUAACUCUGUAAAGCAGAGUGGCUCUGGAUGGGGAGGAGGAAAUGGUGGAGGUGUUAAACCUGACCACACUGGAGAGCCCACUGGAUGGGAGGAGCCCUCGCCACACUCCGUCCGACGUAAGAUGGAGAUCGAUGAUGGUACCUCAGCUUGGGGUGACCCAAGCAGUUGCAACAAGACAGUCAAUCUCUGGGACAGGAAUAACCCUGGGAUGCAAGGCAAACCAGGACCUGGCAAUGCCAACAAUGUACCCAACAACCAUCACCAUCAUCCCCACCAUAACCAGCCUCCCAUGCAGACCCACAGCCAUGGAGGGCCAAAUUCAAACAAUAAUCACAUUUCCCCUGAUAACGCUGGCCCACAUCAAACAGGGCCACCUCACAAUAGAACAACCCCUAUGAAUCCAGGAUGGGGCGAGAUGACAAAUGUCCAUUCAAAACCUGAGCCCUCAUGGGUAGAGGCAGCCGCCCCUGCAGCAAGUGUGGACAAUGGCACUUCAGCAUGGGGUAAACCCCCAGGUGGCUGGGGUGAUAAUGGCCCUGAGGUCUAUGGUCGAGGCAACGGACCUCCUGGAUCUGCCCCCUGCAAACCUGCCCCCAAAUCUAUGCAAGAUGGCUGGGGUGGUGGAGAGGACAUGGACCUGUCUGCAGGGCAGUGGGAGCAGGAUGAGGGUGACAUGUGGAACAGCACUGCAUCUCAAGAGAGCAACUCCUCCUGCAACUCCUGGGGCAACCCACCCAAAAAGGGCCCACCAAAGGGAAAAGUCCCAAACAAACAGGAUGAUACUUGGAUAAUGAAUCGUCUCAUCAAGCAGCUGACUGACAUGGGCUUCCCUAGAGACCCUGCAGAAGAGGCUCUCAAGAGCAACAACAUGAACUUGGAUCAGGCCAUGAGCGCCCUGUUGGAGAAGAAGACCGAACUAGAUAAACGGGGGAUGGGAAUCUCUGACUACAACAACGGCCUAGUCAAUAAACCAAUGGGCUGCAGGCCUUCAGUCAUCUCCAAAGAAUCCUCCUCAGAUCGUCCCCCCUUCUUGGACAAGGAUGCUGGGCUAGCAGAUGAUGCCCAAACCUCACCGUUUAUGCCUUCUCCGAGCCUGAAGCUCCCAUUGGGUAGUGCUGCACUCCCUGGCCAGAGCCUUGGAGUUGCGAUGCAAAACUUGAACAACAGACAGAUGCAGAGUGGAGUGUUUGGUAGUAGCGGAGCAGCACAAGCCCGGGCCCUGCAGCAGCAGCCUCCUCCCCAGCCGUCAGUGCCACCUCUCAACUCGUCCCAGCCUAGUCUACGCGCUCAAGUGCCUCAGUUUUUCAGCCCUCAGGUUCAAGCACAGCUUUUACAGUUUGCAGCAAAAAACAUUGGUCUCAACCCUGCACUUUUAACCUCACCAAUAAACCCUCAGCAUAUGACCCUGUUGAACCAACUUUAUCAGCUGCAACUGGCGUACCAGCGUUUACAGAUUCAGCAGCAGAUGUUGCAGGCACAGCGCAGUGUUUCUGGCCCCAUCCGACAGCAAGAGCAGCAAGUUGCACGUACAAUCAAUAACAUGCAGCAACAGAUCCAGCAGCACCAGCGGCAGCUGGCUCAGGCUCUGCUGAUGAAACAACAGCAGCAGCAGCCACCCACCUCACACCCGGGCCUGCAUCCCAGCGCAGGCAAAUCAGCUCUGGACACAUUUCCAGCCCAUCCCCAGGCCUCCAGCCUCUCUGUUUCUGACCUUCAGACCAAAGAGCCGCAGUCUUCUCCAAACUCCUUCUCACCAUACCCUAUUUCUGGAUUGAACCCUAACAUGAAUGUAAACUGCAUGGAGGUGGGUGGCCUGUCCAUUAAGGACUCUCCUCAGCCUCAGUCACGCCUGUCACAGUGGACACACCCAAACUCCAUGGAGAACCUCUCUGGCAACUCCUCUCCAAUGGAGGCCAACUUCAGCAAGCAUGGUGCCAUCUCUACAGGCCCUAGUCUGGGUCCCCCAAGUAAGCCCCCGCUGGAUGACUCGUACAGUCCCUACAAUCUGAUUCCCAGCUCCGAGUCUCCUGCCAGCCCCCUGGCACCUCAUGAUAGCUGGGGUCAGGGGAAGAACACCAAUGACAAGAUCUCCAAUGGGACCAAUGUCAACUGGCCUCCAGAGUUUUGUCCAGGAGUGCCCUGGAAAGGACUGCAGAAUAUUGACCCUGAGACUGACCCCAAUAUGACCCCAGGGAGCGUUCCCAGUGGGCCCACCAUCAAUACCAACAUUCAGGAUGUGAACCGCUACCUGCUGAGAGACAGGAGUGGAGGUUCCACCCCAACUUCCUCACAGGGUGAGGCUCUGCCUCCCUCCAGCGAUUGGCCAGUCACUAGCUCUUUCAGUCUGUCCUCCCAAGAGGCAGCCAGCACAGGGAAGCUGUCUGACAUGAAGUCCACUUGGUCUCCGGGGCCCAUCUCGCACACCCAGGCUUCUCUCUCUCAUGAGCUUUGGAAAGUCCCACAAGGACCCCGGAACACAACAGCUCCCACACGGCCGCCCCCAGGCCUGACCAACACCAAGCCCUCGUCCACGUGGGGUGGAAACACCCUGGGCCUGGUGGCUGGCUGGAGCAGCUCCUACUCUUCAGUAGGUACCACAUGGAGUACAGACAGCUCCAGCAGGAGCACUAGCUGGUUGGUUCUGAGAAACCUCACACCACAGAUUGAUGGUUCUACACUGCGGACACUGUGCAUGCAACACGGCCCGCUCAUCACAUUCCAUCUCAACCUGACGCAGGGCAACGCCGUGGUGCGCUACAGUUCUAAAGAGGAGGCUGCCAAAGCCCAAAAGUCCCUACACAUGUGUGUUCUGGGAAACACCACUAUACUGGCAGAGUUUGCUGGAGAAGAGGAGGUGAACCGCUUCUUUGCACAGGGUCAGUCCCUCACGCCCACUACCAGCUGGCAGGCCAACCCCGGCACCAAUCACACACGGCUGGGGGGCGGAGGGACGGCGGCCACACACCCCAUCGGCCACUGGAACAGCAGCAGUCUGGGAGGAGGAGCGGGCGGGAUGGGGUCCGGCGGGAAGGCGAGCAACGAGCUGCUGUGGGGGGGUGUACCGCAGUACUCCAGCCUGUGGGGGCCGCCCAGUGCCGAAGACGGCCGAGUGGUGGGCAGCCCCACCCCAAUCAAUACGCUGCUUCCUGGAGACCUGCUGAGCGGAGAGUCCAUGUGAGAGCGCCAAGCGCUCGAACCCCCGAACCACAGCGAAAUAUGAAACUUAACGAGCAAAAACCAAGCAAAUCAGUUGGCGAUAAUCAACGUCAGUGGAACUGUGAAAAGCCAAGAGACAGGAGGUUGAGGCCACACUUGCAUAGAGGCUGCUGACCUUCUUCCUCUACUUUUUUGUUUUGUUUUGCGUCUCUUCGUCUGUUAUUUUGAUCAUUAGGCUUGGGUUACAGUAUUCUAUAGACUUCUUACAAAGAACCGUGACUAAAAGAGAAGUGAACCUUUACAGAGACUUUUCUCUAAUAACUGAAACCAGUGUGAAAGUGUAUUUUACUACAAACCGACAAGACAAGCUGCCAUUUUUUAAAAUUCCUCUGGCACGAGCACAUCCUGUCAGCCCAAUCACAGCAUAUCGUCCUCUUCCCCCCGAAGAAACGUGCGUCAUUCCAAACCGACUUCCCCUACUCCCUGUCUUUUAGACUGGAUCCAUGGCUUUUUUCAGUUGUCCUUUGGAUCGUUUGGAUUAACAGCACUAAACUUUAGCCUUAACUGCUGAUCAGUCCCACUCCAUUUGUACUCUGAAGAAACUCAUCUUGAGAAUUGCACAUUUUCUCAUUUCUGAGCCAGGACUGUCAUGGUUUCGAUCUCAGCCGCAGCGUACGCGCAUUCGUCCUUCCUGUUUCCUUCGGUUGCCACCUGUCCUCGUAACUCUCGAAAGGACGGACAGGUAUCUGACCCCUCUGCACAUUUGAAGCAUUUAUUCUUAAGCUGAGAGGACACGUGGACAGCUGAGGAAUAUAUUAACCACUGCUCACGAAAAACUGUACAGGAAACACUUUUUCAGAUGGACUACUUUUUCUAAACGACCUUGGUCUCUCUUUCAAAAAAAAAAAAAAAAACAUAAGCCCUCAUUGUUGUUCGUCUGAAGUGCAAUAUAUGCCACAGAUUCUUCUGUCCAUCUUUACGCAGUGCUUUUUUGCUGGUGAAACGGCAGGAGCUCGCCGGGGGGGAUCAAAGACUCGUCUCCUGCCGUGUCCACCAAGCGUGGGACUGAACAGAAGAGGACUCUCUCAGUGUGUAAGCCCAUGGUGAUGAAACAUUCACAAGCACUUCCUCUACACACUCAAGGACAAGUGUGACUACAGGGGCAACAGGGGCUUCAAACCAAAUAAGAGGUGUUUCUUGUAACCCAGUAGACAAAGUGCAUUUUUUUCGUUGUUGUUGUAUUUGGUACAAAAGUAUGGAACAAAGAAGGCGUGGUUUCUUCAUAGCACUUAGCAAGAGCGUCAAGCUCCGACUUCAAUGCCAACAAAUUACACAUGGACAUGUGAAACUGACAAAAAGCAACGAUGAAAAGCAAUCUACCGAACUUCUCCUCCAUACUCUAAACGGAUUUUGCCGUUUCUUUUCUUCUUCGUCUUCGUCUUUCCACAGUCUUUCGACUUUGAAGUCAGACAUUUUGAAAAUAGUAGCAAAUUGAAGAGAUGUCUGAUAUGAAAAAAAACACCACAACAAGACUGAAGCUUUCCCGUGUUUUUUUUUUUGUUUGUUUUUUCUUUAAGAUGAUAUAUAUCAAAGUAAAUAUCACUGUUACAGUACUCCAAAAUCAUUAGCCUUUUGUCUGGAGAUGCUAGACGUGUUGUAAUGUUUCUAAUGGAUUCUGCGGGGCCCCUUGCCCUGGCGGCCCCGCCUACCUGUAUGAUAAGUGUGGCCAUUGAGUGCCUAUCUGCUGUGGCACCUCAGGUGCCCACACUCUGACUUUUGACCCGCUGUGCCAGGCCGGCGCACCAGAUGCCAGAAUGGACCCGCCUGGGGCCGGAGCAGUGGCUCCUUCAGACCUGGCCAAUCAGUACGUACUACUACUGCGCCAGCACUCGACCUCGUCUCAACUUCACUCUUUCUCCCUCUCAUGCAAAGAUCACUUUAGCUGGAAGUGGACAGGUUCGUUUUAUGUACUUUUUACGAUCGAUUGGGUUUUUCCCUUCUGGAAUUGCCAGUGUUGUUUUUUUUGGUCAACAUUGCUGUUGUUAUUGUUGUUGCUGUUGUUGAUGUUAUAUCGCUAUUUUGCGCUUUUUCGGUUUAUGUGUGUGGUCUCUAUGGUAGCUGCUCUCACCAGCCCCUCUUGCUGCGCAUAUGCAGAAACACUUUGAUUAAGAGGCACACCUCAGCGUAAACGGCGGCGCCGAUUGAUCCAGAAUCACUCGUAGUGACGGAAAUGGGUUGUUUUGAGGACGGAGUGCACGUAGUGGCGAAACGAAGAGUAGGUCGAUGGUGCUCAGUUUGUGUUCUGCCUCUCCUCUGCACGUUCCUCCGCUCCAGUGUCGCAGUCCCGCCAGGCCACACACUCGCACUGGUGCUUACGACAAAGGGCAGGCAGAGUACACUACUUUACCUGGUCGCCUCUUCUCACAGUAAUAAAAGCAAAUGAUAACGGAGACUCGGCUCUCCACUUCUAUGCAAAGACCGACCGAGAGGUGCAGUUCACGGCCUUCAAUCUGUAGUUCUCUCCAAGCCCACUCUUCAGCUCACCAGGUGAUUGUGAGAAGGCAGCUUCCUUACGGUGUGGCCUAAAGUAAGAAACCGGCCCGAUGACCAGGCCCUCACUGUUUACUCUCUGAAUGAUCUCUUACAUUAUGUACAUGCAGUCUCAGGGCAGCCUCAGAGAACCCCAAACUGUUUUAUCGUUACGAGGAGGGCGCUAUUGCAUUAUCCGAUGUGGCUUUAAAGAGGCUAAAUGGGUGGGUGAGUGGACUCUGAGAAGGAUUCGUAGGAAGUCCCACUGUUUUUUUGUUUUGUUUUUCUAGAUCCUAAUGUACCUAUUCUCGAUCGUAGACCUAACCUAGACAUGAAUCUAUCAGAGUGGAACUACUUCUUUCUUGAAAUUUGUUUUGAUGUUUGGUUUUAUAAAGAGCACAUGGAGUGGAGAGGUAGAAUGCAGGUUGGCACCAAGACAGACGGGUAGCACCUUGUCCCGGGUAUCAAAUAUAUACUUCUGGGAGGACUGCUGACAAUUAAACGGGGAAUCCAGAAUGUUUAGGUGCACUGUAGAUGGUUCACAUUUGGGUACAUCUUUUCUUUUUCUUUUUUUUAAACCAAAAAAGGUUUUUGUCUGAUUAAUAUUGUUGAAAAAGGAAACUUUAAUUCUGUACACUCUUGACUGAAGUGCUUCUCUCUGCAAGCCUUUGACGCCCUGAAGUGGCGGACAGAUGACUCUGGGGUUGCUGUAUUGAUGGUAUUAAAUUCUGUCCUGACCCGAUAGUAGGGAAACGGUGCAGAUUAUUAUUAUAAUUUUUUUCAGGUCCAGGUCCAUGUGGACUUAUUGUAUCAGGAGGCCUGGGGCACAUGACAGUUGAUACCAAGUCUUAAAAGGGGAAAAAUCCCUUUCUGGAAGAUUUUUUUUUUCCACACUCGAGUCACACUAGCAACAAUCACUAUUGCCUGUUUUUGAAGAGAUAUAUAUAUAUAUAUAUAUUUUUAACUGCCUUUCUCUAAGAUGUACUCGAGACCACGAAAAACAAACGUCCUAAACGUGUUUAAAAUCCAGAGGAUUGCCUGGCAGACUAGCGAGCUAGCCAACAAGUGCCCACUGUGUCCUCCACUGUGGGCAUAUACUGGGUCUUAUUGAUAGGACUAAUGUACCCCAGCUCCACGGCUCAGAUGCAACUUUGUUUCGAUAAAAAGGCUGCUUCGAUCGUACAAAAUAACAGGGCCUGGGUGGAGAUGAGCUCUAAGAAACACAAAUCCUCUUUCUUAGGGUCCUGGCUAGAAUAUGCACAUGCUGGUUGAUAUACAUGUACAUCUGAAAUCCUGUGCAUGUAUAUAACUGGUUAUCUUUUGUGUUUAUUUACCUUUACUUUGGUUUUCAGGCCCGAGUAACCCCGUUCCCUUCUCUCCAUGAAUUUACCUAGAUGAUAAAAAGCAUAAACAUAUCAAAAUUAUACAAAUUAAAAAACACAAAUACUUGAAUAAUAAGAAGCGCCAAUAAUGUAAUGUGAAAUUUUUUUUGUAAUUUUGUCAUUCAUACACUUCCAAGCUUUUUGAUAACAUCAGUUCAAACUGGAAAAAAAAAA